AGAGCCGAGACCUUUGGCUUAGGAUUUUGAGGUUAUCGAGGCUUGUCUGUUUAUAGUUAUUGGAGCAUCAAUUAACAAUGGAGUCUUUCGAAUGUGAUGUAGUUGUGAUUGGGGCUGGAUUAUCCGGCCUUUCAGCAGCAUACUAUUUAAAUAAAAAAGAUAAAGGCCUGAGAAUAAUUGUUCUUGAGGCGAAAGGUAAACACUGAAAUCCAUAUAAAUUAUAAAAAUUGUUAGUAUAAGUAUAAGAUAAAAAGUAUAAAUAAGAAGAAAAAAAUGACACUUUUUUUUCAAAAAGUUUUUUUUAAAAAAAGUUACUCAUGACAAACAUUUCAAUAAUAAGAGAACGUCUACUUUAUUAUCUACUCUUCUACUUCAUGACUUACCAAUUUCAUAAUUAUAAUGAUUAAAUCCAACAAAACAAUAUGAAUCAUAACCAGAAUGGCAGUAAUCAGUAAAUGUUUGAAUUGAUUUUGAUUGUCUUGUACUAUGAUCCAAAUAGGCAACUUAAUAUCAUUAUCAAUUAAAACAGUUUUUUAAUCAAAUAUAAUCUAACUGUAAAAUAUAGUCCUAUAAUUUAUAAUUAAACGAUACUUUAUUCCUUGAGACUUAAAAAUAUAACAGUUAACAAUCAUUCAUUAUUUAAAUCAUUUGGUGGUAGUCCCCAUUUUUUCCCAUGAACAAUAAUUCCAACUGAAACUGGACAAUGCCACCGUGGACUCGACAUCAAUCGAGAGUUUCAAGGCUGCCCUAGCACCCGCUAGGAGCCGUUAGACAGCCGCAUUGUUUCCCAAACCCUCGCACAUAUGGCAGUACUUGGUUGCAGCAACGUAGUCUAUCAGAAUAAGUUUUAGACAAUUUUAUCAGAUUUUCAGAUUGUGUUUUAGAAAUCAAAAGCUUUUCAUCUGGACAAGCUUAUGAUGACUAUUUUAUAAUAUACUUGAAGGACUCCAUCCAGAGUCAGUUAAGACAUCAGAGGUAUGCUUUGAUGGUACGAAGGAGGCGACCACCCUGGCAGCAUUUAGUCAGGAUAUGCCACUGCCCCUCCCCCCCCACCACCACCACCACGCUAAAUAUAUUUUAAUUUUAUCCUACACCCUUAGUUCAAGUCAACCUUUUGUUAAAUAACUGGAAAGAGAUUAGAAAAAAUAUUUUUGUUCUACAUUAGAGGCCGACCGAAUUUCGGCUUCGGUGCCGAAAGGGGCCAUUUUAUCACUUUCGGCCAAGUUUCGGUUUCGGCCGAAACUGAAAAGUUAACUUUCGGUUUAAUUUCGGUUUCGGCCGAAAGAGAAAAGUUAACUUUCGGUUUUUCUUCGGUUUCGGCCGAAAUUGACUUAGACUUUCGGCCAGAUGGCCGAAAGUGACUAAGGUUUUCGGUCAUUUAAUACUCAGCAAAAGCGAUAUUUAACAACAAACUAAGCGACAUUUAAGAACAAAUUAAGCGAUCUUUGAGAACAAACUAAACGAUAUUUAACAACAAACUAAGGGACAUUUAAGAACAAACUAAACGAUCUUUAAAACAAACUAAGCGAUCUUUAAGAACAAUCUAAGCGAUCUCUAAUAACAAACUAAACAAUCUUAUAGAACAAACUAAACGAUUUUUAAGACCGAACUAAAUGAUCUUUACGAACAAAACAAAUGAUUUUUAACAGUAAACUAAAUGAUUUAUAAGAAUAAACUAAGCGAUUUUUAACAGAAAACUAAAUGUUCUUUAGGAACAAACUAAAAGAUCUUUAAGAACAAACUAAUAGAUCUUAAGGAACAAAAUUAAUUAUCUUUAAGAACAAACUAAGCGAUCUUUAUGAAAAAACUAAGCGAUCUUAAACAACAAACUAAGCGAUCUUUAAGAACAAUCUAAGCGAUCUCUAAUAACAAACUAAACAAUCUUAUAGAACAAACUAAACGAUUUUUAAGACCGAACUAAAUGAUCUUUACGAACAAAACAAAUGAUUUUUAACAGUAAACUAAAUGAUUUAUAAGAAUAAACUAAGCGAUUUUUAACAGAAAACUAAAUGUUCUUUAGGAACAAACUAAAAGAUCUUUAAGAACAAACUAAUAGAUCUUAAGGAACAAAAUUAAUUAUCUUUAAGAACAAACUAAGCGAUCUUUAUGAAAAAACUAAGCGAUCUUAAACAACAAACUAAGCGAUCUUUAAGAACAAUCUAAGCGAUCUCUAAUAACAAACUAAACAAUCUUAUAGAACAAACUAAACGAUUUUUAAGACCGAACUAAAUGAUCUUUACGAACAAAACAAAUGAUUUUUAACAGUAAACUAAAUGAUUUAUAAGAAUAAACUAAGCGAUUUUUAACAGAAAACUAAAUGUUCUUUAGGAACAAACUAAAAGAUCUUUAAGAACAAACUAAUAGAUCUUAAGGAACAAAAUUAAUUAUCUUUAAGAACAAACUAAGCGAUCUUUAUGAAAAAACUAAGCGAUCUUAAACAACAAACUAAGCGAUCUUUAACAACAAAAUAAGCGAUCUUUAUGAACAAACUAAAAGAUCUCCAACAACAAACUAAAUUAUCUUUAACAACAAACCAAACGAUCUUUAACAACAAACUAAACGAUCUUUAACAACAAACUAAACGAUCUUUAUGAACAAACUCAUCGAUCUUUAAGAAAAAACUAACCGAUCAAUAACAACCAACUAAAUGAUCUUUAAAAACAAAUUAAGCGAUCUUUUAGAACCACAUUUAUAGAGACCCUGUUUUAAAAAAAAUGUAUAUUUUGCAUUAUUUCCCCUCCUCCCCCCCACAAUUAUUGCCAAAUUUUCUCCUACCACACUAAUUUUUAAAAACUUGUAAAGCAAUUUAAAUUACUUUUAUAUUAAAAUGGUAAAAUCCAAAGUAUUCAUUAGAUCAAGGGUCUCAAACUCAAAUCAUGGGGGGAGGGGGGGGGGCACAGGAAGUAGUGUUUGAAUGAGAGUGUGCCGCAUCAAGUAAUCCACAAAAAAAGCAAUUACAACUGUUACAAUCUGCUCAACCUUUAUAAAUAACAAUAAAAUCAUUAAGGGUUCUCAAGAACUGCUCACUGUUGCCAGAGACCUGGCAUGCAAAAAUAUAUAGAAACAUAAAAAAAAAAAAAAAUCAGAAUUAGACUAGUCGGUGAGAUUAGACUGAAACCGUCGCGGAGAGUCACGUUAUAGAUAUGAGAAUGGGGGAAACGGGCCGGCGCAUUUACACUAAACUUUUCUGUCAUGUAGCGGGCCGCAAAAUAUCGUCUUGCGGGUCACAAAUGGCUCGCUGGCCGCGAGUUUGAGACCCCUAAAUUAGAUUUUUAUUUAUUAAUAUUUACGAUUAUCUCAUUUUUAUAAAAAGAAUGUAAAUAUUUAUAUUUUCCCACAUCAUUUUCGAUGUAAGCAGAAUGUAUGCGGGAACGAAUUUCAAAAUAUCUUAAUAUUUCAUUUUCGGUUUCGGCUUCGGUUUCGGCCGAAAUUCAUUUUUAACUUUCGGCUUUUCUUCGGUUUCGGCCGAAAGUCAUUUUUAAACUUUCGGCCUUUUUUCGGUUUCGGCCGAAAGUCAUUUUAAACUUUCGGCCUAUUUUCGGCUUCGGCCGAAAUCAGAAAACCACUUUCGGUCGGUUUCUAUUCUACAUUUUGGUAACUUAUCAAGGCCCCAAUGCCCCCCCCCCCCCUUUAAUGUGAUUCAUUUUGUGGGCCCCUAUCUUAUCAGGGCCUUUAGGUAUGUGCCUCAUUUGCUGUUAGGUUAAUCUACCACUGACUCCAUCUGAAAAAUUAUAUUGUACAAAAAUGAACAUUCAUGAAUGUUUGCAAUUGAAAAUAAUUUCAAAUAUUUUAGCUCUCUUAUAAUUUUCACUCCUGAGUAUUUAUUCUCGUAUUGCUAAAAUAAAGGGUUUGUUUUUUAUAAUACUUGCUGUCAUGGUGUCACUAAGGGAAAACUAUAGUAAGACUAAAAAAUUCAGCUCAUGAAAUACAGGGACUACAUUUACGCAUUGCAAAAUGCAUGAUCCAUAAACAAAAACGUAACAAAAUUCACAUCAUAGUGUCUUGUAUAAAUACAACCUCCCAUACAUAUACACCGGUGCUAUCAUAAGCCUAUUUUAUUUAUCAAAUCAUUGGUGCCAAAUAUGUUUCUCAUUUUAGGAAUAAUAUGUAGAUAAAGUAUAAUAAUUAUUAAAUAAUUAUGUGAGUAUAAUGCUGCAGACUUGGAAUACAUUUAAAAACCUUUUGUGUUGUUCAUGAGAAAUUAAAAAAAACAGGCUCUAUGACAAAAAAAAUAAAAAAAUAUAAAUAUAAUAACAUUGAGAAAAUAAAUGAGUUGCACAAAUAUCAAGCAUAUUAUAAAGAAGAAAUUCUUGUUCAUGGACUUGGUACUAGGUAAAUGAGUCUUAGAUGUAAUCCAUCUGUUGACUAUUUAUUUAUAAUUAAAUAAAAAUAUAAUAAACUCACACAAUCAAUUUUUGAGUUUCCAUUUCUCAUAAUGUUCUUUACUGAUGGUAAUAAAAUUGUCUUCCCUAUAUUCUUUCAGACAGAAUAGGGGGGCGUACAUUGACUCGUCAGCUGACUGCUGCAGAUGGAACUAAAGACUUUUGGGACUUAGGUGGUGAAUGGGUUGGGAGGUAAAGAUGGGAAAUAAAACAAGUGUUUAGUUUUCUGUUUCACAGUGAUACAAGUUAAUUUUGUAAUUAUAGUUUACUCUUCUACACCUGUCAACUUGCAUGGGAUAUUAGUAAUUUGUGCCUAAUUUUGUUUCGCACUUUUUAACAUUGUAAUGCCCAUUGUUAUUUUAUGUUUUUUUUAUGGAAAUUUUUUUUUGGAAAAGUUAAAAAACUUAAUCCAACUUAACUUUAUUCGAACAAAUUUGAACUUUAAAUAUUAACAAGAAAAUGGAGAAGUAUUCUAAAGGUUUAUCCUAGAUCUUAUAUGAAUUAGUUAAAUUGGUUAAGUGUUUUGUGCACUGCUAAUGUCUCUGGGGUCAGACACCCUGGAAAUGAAAAAGAAAACUGUGGUAAUUUAAUUUAAUUAUCCUUGAGAACAGAAUUUUUAUCUAAGGGAGUUCUUCAGUAUGCUAAACUAUUUAAACAAUUCUUAAAAAAGGAUUUUAUAAUUUGUUUUAAAAUGUUAUUUUAAAAUGAAUAGUAGGCAUAAAGUUAUAAUUUACAAUAAUACUUUUCCCCCCCAUGCUUUAGGCCUCAACCUCACUUACAAUAUCUGCUGAGAAAAUUUAACAUUAACACCUUUAACCCAGUUUCUCCUCAUGAUGGAAGUCAACUUCAUAAGUCAUCAGUAUUAUCUUGGCAGACAAAAUUUGAUUUGAUGCAAUUUACAUGGAAGGUAAGUGUCACAAGAAUUAUCAGAGUUUAAACAAAAUUAGUCACCCAUUAACAAUUUUUUUUUAUAAAGCUCUGUUAUAUAAUAUAAUACAAGUUAAUUCAGCACUUUUAAAAUCUUAUUUUAGUUGAAGCGACUUAAUGAUAAAAUUUCUGGAGUUGAUCUGAAAGUAUCGGUAAAUGCUCUUGAAUGGGAUAACUGCAGUUUUGAUUACUUUAAGGAGGAAAAUCUUUGGACUGAAGGUAAUUCACUAAAAACUAUGAAGAGAUGUUAAUAACAAGAUAUGGGAAAGCUUGAAUUAUAAAUCACAAAGAUAUUACAAUCUCAAUAACAUUAUCCUUCUCUAUAUCUAUUAGGUCUGAAUAUGGUUAGAAGCUGCCCUGAAUUUUAGAUUUAUUAAAUGAUUUUUUUUUUUGUUUUUCCCUAAGUUUUCUAAGGUGCUGUUGACAGGUGAAAUGAAACUUUUGACAUCAAUUUUCAAGUUCGAGCUUAUCAUCCUUGGUUUUAACACAUAAAUUAAUAAAUCGAAUUUAGUAAAUUUUUAAAAGGUAUUCUUUUAAUGGAUUAAUGAGACAUAAGCAAUUUGUGUCUAUAAAGCAAUAUGUGUUAAGCUUUAAUUAUGAUUAGACAAUAUACAAAUUUAAACGUGUUGGCAAAUGCCUUUGUCAGUACAACAAAAAACAUUAAUAUAAUUAUAAAUUAAAUUUGCAUAAUAAAGUUAUAUCCUAUCUAUACCUAAAAAGUAAAAGAAUAAAAAUGGGAUUAAUGUCCUAGAGUGAAAUUAAUUCUUCUUGAAUCCUUGUCAUACCUUAGAGUCCAGUAUUUUUUAAACUCAUUUUUAUACAAAAUGAUCAAUUGAAUUUGUAUUCUAAAUAAUUUUUUUUUUUUUAAAUCGAAAUGAGUUAAUGAAACUGUAGCUUACAAUUAAUGUCGUUAAUUUAUUUAAUUAGAAAAAAAAUUUGAUUAUUUGUUGUAUCCUAAUUAUACCCUGUAUGUAGAGUUUUAUGUUUGUAACUGAAUUUAAUCUUUAAAAGUUUAUUUAAUUUCAGCUGCUAAAACUAUUGUCGAUUCAGCAUGCAAAUGUAUGUUUGGCCUGGCUCCAUCAGAGAUGAGUUUGUUAUAUUUUUUGAUGUAUGUUAACGCUGCUGGCGGCUUGCAAGUUUUUCUGCAUCCCAGAGAAUUCACCGGAGGAGAAUGUAGAAUCAAAGUAUUUUUUAUUAGUUGAAAUCUUUUAGAGACCAUUGAAAAUAAAUUUUCUGCUAUUUGUCCUACUUUUAGGGAAAAAUAAUGAAAGCAUAUCUGCCUUUCAGGAAAAUCAAUUAUAAAAAUAAAAUAAUAUGUAUUAAUAUUGACAAUUGUAAAAAAUUAAUACAAUAAUUGUUAUAGUGAUUCAAUUUCUUAAAAUGUUUCUAUCGUGUCAAUGUAUUUCUCAGGGAGGUGUUCAACAGUUGUCCUCACACUUGGUACACAGAUUAGGGAAAAAAUUUGUUUAUCUUAACCAACCGGUCUCACACAUUGUUCAGGUACAUGAUUAGAUGAUCUAGUUUUAUAGUUCAUGAAGGGAUAAUAGAUGUGAGGAUCACCUCAAGUAGUGUAAACUAAUGAUCACAUCAAGGAAUAUUUAUAAAAAUGUCCUUUAAUUUUGCUUUGUGAAAUUAAAAUAAUUUUGUUGUAUAAAAUGAUAUAAAUAUAUUUUUAAAUCUCUGAAUAAUAAUUUUAAAAAAACCCAAACAUAUCCUUUGCAGUCAAUUGAAGGAGCCCGUGUUGUUACUUCUAAUAACUUGCAAAUUUUAUGCCAAAGAAUUAUAAUGGCCAUACCACCCCAUCAUGCAGGUUAGUAUGUUUUGUUCUCUUAAAUAUUUAAAUAUGUCUUAAGCACUUCAUUAUAUUGAAAUAAUAAUAAUAUUAUACAAAUUGGGGAAAAUUUCUUUUUUUAUUCAUAUAUUAUUUAUCAGCUGCCAUAAACUACUCCCCGCCGCUAGCCACUGCAAAACUUGGGCUGUUACAGAGUGUUCCUCUUGCGUUUUUGGUAAAGUUUGCUGUUACAUAUGAAGAGGUUUGUAAUACAAAUUAAUAAUCGUUUCUAAAAAAAAAUUGUAAAUGCCAUCCACACAAAAAAUAACCUUAUUUAGAAUAUAAUAUAUCUAGAUUAGCCAAACACUUUUUAUGCUGCUUAAAGAAAUUGCAUUUAUACAUUUUUAAUUCUUGUAAGAAAAGUUAUAUUCAGAAUAGUAAGCAAGAGUUGCAAUGACACCACUUGGAUACUCUUAUACCACUAAAAUGUGCAACUUCUAUCACUAAUUAUUUUAAAGUUUCAAAUGUUUUUGAAUUCGGUAUCAAAACUAUGCUUAAAUUCUACAACAGGCUUUUUGGAAGCUAGACAAUGACAAGUAUCAGUAUGGAUUCCAGGCAAUUUUGGAAAAUAAUGAACUGGGUCCAGUAGGGAUUGUGUAUGAUGCUUCGUCAGGAAGAGGAAAUCCUGCACUUGCUGGUUUUAUUUCAUCAUCCCAAGGCUUAGAUGGGGAUGUAAGUCUGACAGUAAACAGAUAAAGCUCUUACUCAUCAAAAACAAUAUGAGAAGAAAAAAACAACAGUCUGGUACAAGGGUUCUUAACCUGUUCGCAGCAUUGCAAUACCCUUGAUUUAAAAACAUUUUCUACACCCCCAUCUUGAUUUAAAAACAUAUCUCUGUAUCUUCACCCAUAUGAUUAUCAAAUGCUAAUAAACUUUUACUGGGUCUUACCAUACCCCCUGACACUGCUCCCCACACCCACUGGUGGUUUCAGGCACCACUGGUUAAGACCCCUGGUCUAAUAAAAUUAAGCAAUGAAAUUACUUGAACUUCUUUAAUUUUAAAGUAAUUAAUGGUUUUUGUAUUAAUGAAUGAUCGACACAUUUUAUUAUAAAGUCUCUAAUAAUAUCUGUUACAUUACAAGUAAAUUAAAAAAAAUCAUAACUUUUAAUAUUAUUGAAAACAUUAAAAUUAAUUUGUUUAAACUGUGACAAGCUUUUUUUUUUAACGCCUUCCAAACAAGUAAUACCAGUAAUCUUAUUAUUAAGGAUAAAAUAAUUUUUUUUUUUCAGCACAUAAAAAAAAAACAGAAGGAAAAAAACACUGUUUAAAUGAAGAUUGUGCGAUUAGAUGCUAAAGGUUGUGCAUUAGAUGCUAAGAAUGUCAAUUGUUGAAAGUCUUUGAUAUAAUGUUCUUGUUAAAAUAUAUUGAACAUUUUCCUUUCAGCCUAAAAAUCGUAGAGCUAUCAUCAUGAGAUUAAUAGAAAAUCACCUGGGUCCAGAAUGUCAAAAGAUUUUGGAGUUUUCUCAAAUGGAUUGGAGUAAAGAACCAUUUAAUGGCGGAUGCUUUCUUAAGUCACUCAUGCCAGGAACUACCAAAUACUUCAAUAGUGAACUAAGGGAACCCUUUGACAGGUCACUUUAAAGAGCAGUUUUACAAAAAAUUUCACCAUUGCUUUAUUCACUUGUAUUAUUACUAAAUAACUGGUUCACUACCAUAAGCUGCUGGUUGGGCCAUCCUUUCCUUCUGUCAUGAGCCGCUUUUAACGUCUUGGUUUAUUUAAUGGUUUAACUAGUAAUAUAUUUAUAUUCUUACUUUUGUUUCGGUUAAUUUACCGCCUGGAAGAUAGUUAAAAAGCCAGUCAUUCUGUAUAAAUUUUGAACCUUUUCUAAUUUGGUGUAGAUGUGAUUACAUAAAUUAUGAGAAGUGUAAAUUAUAAUUAAAAUUUUUUGAAAUUCAAAACUUGAAGGUCAGUUGGCUAUUUUUAUAACUUUUGAAUAAUUUUCUCUUGCAAAUCAUAAUUUAAUUUAACAAUUUUUUUUUUAUCUUAAAGAAAAUUCAUUUGUCUACAAAUGAGUAUAUUACUUAUAAAAAUAUGUAAAUAAUUAAGAAAACUGCAACUGAAUGUUUGCAGAGACCUUGCAUAUGGGAAAAUAUGGCCUACAUUUAAUUCAGCCCCACACUGUUUUUCAAUGUAGUAGCUAAUUAGUUAAUAUAACUUGGGGAGUUAAAAGCUCCUUUUGCAGUUUAUUUGACUUUUGAAAAAAUAAUUAACUAGAGACUUCAGCGCCUUCCACUUAUUAUAAAUUUUUUAAUCAAAACACUCAGGGUAAGUUCAUAAUAUUUUUUUUCUUUUCAGAAUCCAUUUUGCAGGUACAGAAACUGCAACAGUUUGGUGUGGUUUCAUGAAUGGAGCUGUACAAUCUGGGUUUAGGGCAGCAACUGAGGUACCGGUAUUAAUAAAAUGUUUCAUUCCAUAAUUUAGACUUAUUUUCUUCUAACUUAGUUUUAAAAUAAAAUAUAAUACGGUACUAAUAGUGUUCAGUGUAGUUGCAUAAGAUGUUUCUAAAAUUUAAUUUGAAUAAUUGCAUCAAACUGGAUUGUAUAGCAGACCUGUUUACUCUUACGAUAUUUGCAUACAAUGUACGAUUUUUAGAUGUCUUUUACGAUUUUUUUUCAGAGACCUGAUGAAAAAUAUUUGGGUAAUUUUUUAAGAUUAAAAAUUUAAAAAAGUGAAUUUUGGGUUGUGGAAGUUUUAGCCCUUUCUAAUAAAGAUCUGCAGUGAAUGGACCGAUAAAAACUAUUGGUUGUAAUUUUUUAAAAGUUGGGAUCAUCCUUCAUUAUAUUUGCACAUACUGAUAGGGGAGGUGGGGAGGUUGUUGAUUAAGAAAUUUGUGGCAUAUUAUUGUUCAAACAGCUCUGGUGUUAGAAUUUGGCUGCAUUGACGGAUGUGCACAUUGCAUGAUUUUAAUGUUACCAUUAAUGGAAUGGGCGAUCCUUUUUGUUUUCAGUACCCUAGUUUAGCUUACUAAGUUAGUAUAUUACGAUAUGGCCUCGACAAAAAGAAAGGCACACGAAAGCGAUGAUGAAGAAGAAACAUCAACUUCUAUCGAUAAACAUCAGAUUAAAAGAAAAAGAAAGUUUAUCAGCAAAUAUUCUUGCUUGAAUAUCAGACAAAAUUUACUGAGUUGUGUUCUUCAUCAAAGGUUCCAUCUUACGCGCACUGCACAAGUCUGCAAGUCAGAAUUUUCUUUAGCAAUCAGAGGUAAAAGGAGUGGUGUUGCUUUAGGAAAUUUUGUGUAUGUCGUGGGUCUAAAUAUUUAAAUCUAUACAAUCAACACCGCCACAUAUUCAUUAUAACAGUUGGGGGAGGGGGGUUGGUGGUGGGGGGUCGGGGAGUGUCCUCGGCAGAAAGUAUGUGCGUUAUUAAAAAAUUCUACAAUAUUCAUCCCGACACUCUGAAAGUCCAAAAAUAGCAUAUUUAUAUCUCGAAUGCUGUAAAAUACCACUCAGUGUUUAGUUGGAAUUAUCGUCGUGAUGUUGUCAAGAUGUAUUUUCACAAUUGAACUCGCAAGCUAUACUCAAUAGUAGAGGUAUCAAUAACGUUUAGUCCUGCGAAUGUUCAGAGCGCGCGUGACAGAUAUUUCAUUGGGCUACGCCAGUGGUUCUAAAAUUUUCAUUUCCCUGCGCCCAUGCCAGGUUACCGAAAAUUUGUUUGAAAGAAAUUUCGCAGACGGAAGUUUGGUCGAAUUUAAAAAAAAUUAUUUUUUUUUAGUUCACACGAUAAAAUUUUCGUCAAAUUUCUUUUUGAAUGCACUAUACUGUAUAGUAAAACAAAAGAAGAUAAGAUAAGAUUCUUUUAUUGAUCCAAAUAAAUGGAAAUAAUGCGUUCAAAAAUAAAUUUCAUAGGAUCUGAGAGGGCCUUUUCAAUUUAUAAAACACAGAAAACUGCUGUUUGAUUUUUAAUACCCAUCUUCCUUUCACUCAGCUUGUGGAGGUUAUCAGACAGUAAUUUGUUAACUGGAAAUAGGCAUAAUGGAUAUUUAUUAUUAAUUUUGUUAAAACAGCUUCUCCCAAAAAAAAUAACUCUCAGGUUACUUGGUAGUUUUUUGUUUAUUUUUAAUGACGCCCCAAUUUGUUACAGCGUAGUUCAUUCUUAUUUUAAUACAUUUUCUAUUAUGCUUAUCUGACUUCGAGUUUGAACCAUGUUUAAUUUUACCAGGGAGUUUAUUUUUACGAGUGACAGACUGGGAUAAUGUGAUCUGCACGUUCACCUUAAUAUUAAUUGAUAUCUAUAGCAGAUACACAUAUGCAAAACAAAGUGAUAGCAGUUUGCAGUUAACGCCAGUCAUCUACUGUUAACCUUCAGUUCCAUUUGUGGACGUCAGCUUAACUCGAUUCCACUACUAGCUUUUUGUAUACUUUAUAUAUACUGUAUUUUUAUUAUUCACUACUAAGAUACUGUAUUGUACGAUUUAUAGACAAUAUUGUACUAUUUUAGGAGUUUUAGGGUAAACAGGUCUGGUAUAUGACAUAGACGUAUUAUUAUAUGCCAUGUGCAUGUAAUAAAAUGCUUGUCUUCCAGAAAGUUAACAAAUAUACAAUCCAACAUGUUUGAGGAUAAAAACAACUUCAGGUACAUCUGUGGACUGUUUAAUUCUCAAAUAUAACUAUAGAUGUAUAUAAUAUUUAAAUGUUGAUUUGCUAUCCUAUCACUUGAUUCUAAUUUUUAAAUUUUUCAUUAUCUAAGGGAAUUAAUAAUUAAGCAAAGAUAAUCAUUGAAAAAUUGCAAAUCGAUGUUCAAUAUUUUAUUUCCAAACAAAAAACAGGAAUAAACGAAAAUAAAUUGGAAUGCACAACAAAAUGAAGAUUCAAAUAAUUUGUUUCGUUAUUUAAGUAAAUUUAAAAAUCUGGAUUUUUUGUGCUAUAUGUUAUUGCAGGUUCUCUAUCAUCUUCGGCCAUUGAUUAUUGCCUCACCUGACCCAGAGGCACUGCAUCUUCCUGAUGAAAAUUCCACUAGCACACCGAUGAGCACAAACUGGCUAACCUGGGCAGCAGUGGGUAUGGGAUUUGCUUCUGCAGUCUAUUUUUUGGCAAAGAGUAACAAUAUGUCAUCUUCAGCAACAUUUGUGAAAAAUAUAAGACUUGUUUUUGAUGGAAGUUAACAAAUGCCUGUUUGAUUAGGUACUGUUUGAAAUAUGAAGUCUUUAUAUUAACUGAGUUAAAGGUACUUGUCUUUCAGAUUUUCUAGAAGUAUUUACAAAUAUAAUUUCCAAAACAAGUAAAUGGAAAGAUAUUGCUGAGGAUACUGAGAUGCAGAUGAUUUAUUUUUAGUGAAUGUCUGCAUUUAAUAUUUAAAAAUUCUUUGUGCCAUAAAGUUUUUACCUCUAUUUGUUGAUCAUUAUAUUUAACAAAACCAUCAUUGACAAGUUUGAUGAUACUUUAUAUGUAUGUUAAUUAAGCAGACUCAACAAAAAAAUAUGGGGUUUAAUUAAAAAGUUAAUUUUAAAAAAUCCUUUUGUUGUAAUUUAAGAUUUAAUAAAACUUUCUUUGAUAAUUUUUGGCCAUUUAGAUCGUGGAUUUAUUAUUUUUGUUAAAUGCAAAAUAAGUUAUGUUUUGGGGAAAUAUUCACUUAUAGAUUUGAAUUUUUAAAAUGUAUCAUGUAAUAAUGUUAUCUUUUUUUUUUUUUUUUUAUUUUUGUUUUUUUUAUUUUAAUUUUUUUUUUUUUUUUUUGUUUAACAUUGGUUGCUGUAAUUUAAAUAAAUAAAUAAAUAAUUGCAAUAUUUCCACUUUAAAAAAAAAAAUCCUAAAUAUAUGAAUGAUUUAAUUUUUCCGUUUGGUUUAACUUAUUAAUGUUUUCUUUUGCGUUUGGGUAUACCUGUUUUCCUGGGGACUUUUUAAAAUCUUUUGAUAGCAUAUUUUAACAUCUCUAUAUGAAUAACUCAGAGCAUGUGAGAAAAUGUAGUCUUUUUGCAGUUAUUUCAUGUCACAUUGGUUUAAAUCACAUGCAUCCAAUACCAUACUUGAUUCACUUUGUUCUUCAAAGAUUUUCAUUUUUUAAUGAUUUAUGUUAAUAAAUAACCAUGCUAAUUAUGCUGUAUGCCGUCUCCUUUUCUGGUUUGUUUUGUACUAUUUUAGCUGUACAUGCUAUUAAGUAGUGAUAAUUAAAUUUAGAUUUUUUUUAACUGGUUACAAUUCUUGUGUGUUUAAAUAGUCCAAGUUAAAGCAGU